AUGUAUGAUUAUGUCUCCAUGUUUGCGUUAGAAUCUGGGCUAUGUUCCAGCCUGCUAUGCGGCCGUACCAAAGAGUUAGAAUUGGGCACCAACGGGGGCGUAGGGUCCGCCUUAGCACUGGCAAUGUUACGGCCCCCUUUUGUUACUACCAACGCACCCUGUCAACUGAAGCUAACGGCUCCUGAUGGGGCCGCCUUCACCGUCAGACUCAUAGAUGUUAAGAAGAGUCAACUGAUCCAUUUCUUUUCUAAGAACAAUGUAUUGAAACUCAGCAAGAAGAAGAAGAAAAUGAAGUUGAAGAAGAAUAAAAUGAUAAUUAACAAAUAA